AACCACGUGACUAUUGUACACAGUGAAUUCGCGUGCAUUUAAAUAACAAAAUACUAUGUUGAAAGCACAAGUGUUUGAAAGCAGAAUGUAGUUUUACUUUGAAGGGGAAAAGUGUAGCACGUGCAAAUAUACAUGUAGGUGACGGAAGUUUUUCACGAGACAUUUCCCCCGAGUCUUUCAGCACCAGCACAUUUCAACACCGAAAGUGAUAUUUCAGCACACGUUUUGUUAUUCAAAAUAUUAUCGGUUCACGAUAAAAUUAUAACGUUAAUCAACAAUUCAGAGUCGUUAAAUAAACAUAGGAAUUUAUAUUGAGUGGAGACACAGUGUGUAUAUUUACUAAACCAGUAUUAAUUUAUUUACUUUAAAAAAUAGUUAUUUAAUUUGUGUGACUUUCUCUUUGGUCAAAUGUUGCUAACAUCGAAUAUGAGGCAAACCCCAGAGGUUCCGAGCUCCUCUUUAAACACGGAGACGACAAUACAGUUAUCACAGAGUAUGGACUCAGUUAAUACAACUCCAGAAGAAGAGGUACGAACACUAUUUGUGAGUGGUCUGCCUAUGGAUGCAAAGCCUAGAGAAUUAUAUCUCCUCUUCAGAGCUUACAAGGGUUAUGAAGGUUCGUUAUUAAAGGUCACAAACAAAAACGGCAAAAAUACCUCACCUGUAGGAUUUGUAACAUUUAGUUCCCGAGCAGCUGCAGAAGUAGCCAAGCAAGAUUUACAAGGUGUUAGAUUUGACCCUGACCUACCACAGACUCUGAGAUUAGAGUUUGCCAAGAGUAAUACUAAAGUCACAAAGCCAAAACAACAAAGUCCCCAGCCAGCGGCAACACUUCCCACGUUUAUACAUCCUCUCACUGGUCGCGGGGGAUCUAUGUCUGAAUCGUUAACUGGACGAGCUUUGACUGUCGGUGCUCCUGAGGCGUGGGCGCCACACCCAUUGGCCGCCUAUCCUGAGUUAAAUCCGAAUGCUGCAGCUAUCCACCACACAGCACUCAUCCAGCACCCAGCCUUAGCACAAGUUCCGGUACGGGAAUGGAUACACCACUUUCCACAGGAAUGGAUUACACAUUUUCCACAGAUACAUCACCCAGCAGUUGUAGCACCCCCUACGGCCGUAUCAGCUGCCUUGCCACAUCCGCCAUUAGCAGCCACGCCUAUUUUAACUAGCCCAAUUAGCACGAUGAGCACCCCCUCGACGUCGAGUUCGCCACUGAUGCAGCAAAAUGCACCGUGCUCCACGCUCUUUGUGGCCAAUCUUGGUCAAUUUUCAUCAGAGCAGGAGCUAAAGGACUUGUUUAGCAGUUUUCAGGGUUUCAACCGGCUAAGAAUGCAUAAUAAAGGAGGUUCACCAGUGGCAUUUGUAGAGUUUCAGGAUUUAAAACAAGCAACAGAAGCAUUGAAUAGACUACAGGGUUUUGUUCUUCUCUCCUCUGACAGAGGAGGAAUCCGUAUUGAAUAUGCAAAAAAUAAGAUGGGUGAGGUGGUGAGUGGACUUUAACACUGUUACUAUGGUAACAACCCAAUUAAACAAGGUAAAAAUCAAGAGGUUCCUAUGGUACCUGGUCAUACCACCAUUUCACCCACCUCAGUGUUAUGAUCUCAUUGGUCACCAUGGACACACUAUUCUGCUUAAUGAUUGGACAUCUUCAUGGUAACCAAGGAGACUGAACUGAUAACAAUUUCCCUUAAUAAAGGGGAGAUAACUUAUUUAUUUGUUAAUUCAAUGGUUGUUAAUGAAUAGUUCAGUGAUUUUUUUUGUAUAUUAUAAUAAGUAUAUAUCUAUAUAUAGUGAUUUAGCUAUUUAUAUAAAAUAUGCAUGAAAUUUGUUGAAACCAUUUUUUCUGGUUUUUAUGUUGAUAUUGAAUAUUGUGUAUUGAUUAUUGGUUUAUUUGAUUAGUGUUUAGCUAUGAAUUUAAGGAUUGUGAUUGGCUAAGAAAUCGAAAACAAGAUAUGAUGGGUUGCUGUCUCAUUGACAUGUAUCCCACAUUUCCUUUUAUUCACAUAUUUAUAUGCAUAACACACUCAGAUUGGAUGUUCAGAAACUAUUGUAUUUCUGAUCAACUGGUUCAUUAAUUUGUUUGCUUUACACCAUAUCAGCACUAAAGACUAUCACAUGAAUACUUCCAACAUGACCAAAAGAUAACUUUUAAAAGGUGACUUGGUUGGUUUUGAUGGUCUAUUUUUAGAAUAGUUUAUUUAGUGAUUACUUUAAAUGCAGUUUGCAAUACAAAAUAUUACUUGUCAAAAAGCAUACCUUUUUUUUUAAGAAUUUUAAAACACAUAAGAGAACCAUCCACUUACACAUUAGAUUUAAAGAAACAAAAAAUACAGUUAAAAAAAAUUAAGAAAUAUGCAUAAUGUUUCAUCAUCACUUAAUGUAAGAUAUGUAGUAGAUAGAUAAAUUCACUAAAUUGACACAAUUUUCAAUAGCCAAUCACAAUCCUUGUUUAAUUAGCUUAGUUUUCAUAUUAAGAUCAUGUUAUUUUUUUUUGUCUCACUGUUAUUCCUUGAAUGUUUAUUUUUUUUAGACCAGUACCAGUAAAAAGUUUUUGAAGUACGCAAAACCAGCAACAGGUUGAGAAAUUAAUUUCCCAGACUUGCCUUGACAAUACAACUAAUUUGGAAACCAUGCUCUAAACACAUCUUCCAAAUAAAUAUUCUUUGUUUUUUCUUCGUAAUUAGACAGAAUUAAAAAUGAUUUGAAUAUAUUACUCUUGAUUUAAUAAUUAUUUUUUUUUAUCUCAGAACAAAAACAAAAGCUGGGGAGAUGAAAAUUGAAAAAAAUAAAUGUUCAAGUGAGCUACCUUAGAAAUAGUCUCAUAAUUUGUUGUUGAUAUUACAUAAUUAGUAAAGAGUUUUGAUUAGCUCUUUUUCCGUCCAAUCAUUUCUUCAACAUAUCUUCACUGCAGGGGCAUAUCUAUAUUCAAACGAACAAUUAUUAUGCCUUUUAAUUUUAAUGAUUGCACAGAUCCUCGAUCAUGUUUUAUGCAUUGAUGUAGUGAGGAAUUGCUUAAGAGUUGUAAUACAAACUGUGUGCAAUUCUUCAAAUAAUCAGAACAAUUCAGGGAUUUUGUUUUGUUUUUUUAUUCAAAAUGUAAAUUUUUAAUCACACGAGGAGCUGUAAAUUACAGCUUGCCUCUUGUACCAUACACAAAAAAAUAUAAUCUAGAUUUUAUAAAGUAUUCAAUCAAAUUUGAAAAUUUCAAUGUGUUCUGUACCAAUAUGAAUAAAAAUUUAUUUAGUUUUAAUUUUGUUUUAAAAAUUAGAUUGUUUACCAGGGAGGAGUUUGAAAUAGGAAACAAAAAAUUUGGUAGAUCGAAAACUCAUUUAUUAUAAAUCCGAAACCAUGACAACGAAUACUUUUCAUCUUUUAAAUAUGCAACUUGUGUAUCUGUGUUAAUUAUAUACUCUGUUUUGGUUGUGCAAAAAGUAAUUGAAAAUUCCUUAAAUAAUUAGAUUUUAAUCUAAUAUUUAUUAAUUAUCUUUUUUUGAAUCAACAAUGUAAAAUUGUAAGGAGUCAGGAGUUUGAAAUUCCAGCUUGUAACGUGAUGAUCAACUGGACCAAUUUAAACAUCUCAUCAUUUUUUUAAAUGGUCCCCAUUUUUUGUACAUUUUUGAAGUAUUCCCUUCGAACAAAUGCUUUGAAAUUGACAUUUUUUUCAAUGACAUUCCACUUGUAAUAAUUUCCAAUGCUAUUAUUGUUAAUUGUUCUUAUUAUAUGUGUUGACGAAAAAACAUCAAACUUUUUAUGCAAAUGUUGUUUACAAUUUGUUGUUUUGUUUAAAUUGUAAAAUGGAGGCAACCAUAUAUAGUGCUGUGUAAGUGUUUUGUGUGAAAUGAAUUUCAGCUGUCUUCACAAUAACCAAUUUAUUUUAUGUCUUUAUUGUAAUUGUGAGAAAUGACGAUUACCUCCCUUUGACAAAUAUCGAAUUGAAUUUACAGUUAUUGUGAUAUCAAAAAUCUUUAAUAUUGCUGUAAUUUUUUUUCUGCCAAUUUACAAAGAGUUUUUUCUCAUAUCAAGAACAAACAAAAAAAGACGUAUUGUUAAGAGAGCUGAAAUUUCCUGUAAAUAUUAAAUGUGUUACAUGUCUUUUUAUACUUUUUUCAUGAAAAGAAUAUUUAGAUAAUAGAAUUGAAUUGAUGGAACUCUCCAUAAUGAAAUUGUUUUCAAAUAGAAGCAAUAUUAUGUUUUGUAGAGGAUUUUUUUCAUUUUUUGCUUUAUUAUUUAUUUUGCUCAUUGAGGUCAACAUAAGGUGAUUGACAUCGCUUGUAAUAUAAUCAAAUUAUGUAUUAUUAUUUUGUAUAUUUAUCCCUUGUUGGACCCCAAAAUCUUACAGUUUUUGUUUGUUUUCUGUCUCAAGAGAAAGAAAUUGCCAUUGGUGGGGUCCCUAAAGCAGGGUUUAUAAGCUUUUUGUAUUACUCAGUAUUUAUAUCCCUUCUAGGGCCUCAAUAUAUGAAAUCCAUACUAAGUUGUAGAUUCAUGUUUAGUUGCAUAUAAUUUUAGUCAUAUUUUAUGUUUACAAUGAAGUUUUUUUUCUGACAAACAGCAAUAAGCUACUUUUCAUGUGACACUGUUAAAUAUUGUUGGACCUCUUUUAUGCAUAUUGGAAAACAAUUCCUACACAGGGUUUAUGUUAACUGUGUUUAAUGAAAAGUGGGAUUAAGCAGAAUUUGAUCAUCCCUUUUGGUGCCCCAUUUUUUGUUUGUAGUGUUGGUUACAAGGUGAUUUCUUUUUCAUGGGAGAGGAAUAUGUUUGGUUAUAGAAUAUAGUUAUGUUUUUUUUAUUUUUUACUUCUGAAAAAUGGGUACUGGCUAUGUCUUAUUUAGACAAAGCAGAUAAUUAGGUUAGGAGAAAAUGAACAAUAUUUUGGGAGAAUUUGACAAAGGAAGUGCUUCAGUUAACAGUAUUGUUUUCAUUAUUUUAUUCAAAAUGAUAAUUCAUUUAAAGUAGUGUGUAGUAAAAUUUCAUGUUUUUCAUAGAAAUAAAUAAAUAAAAUUCAUUUUGAUAUUUAAAUCUACUUUACACAGUUCAGUACUUGUCUUUCUUAGCUCUUCUCAAGGGAAAUAACUCUUACUGCAAACAUGUUCUAGGAACUAUCGUGUUGUGAAGGGUAGAUAGUUCCAGUGUAGCUUAUAACAGUAUUUAGAUCAGUAAUACUCAGAAUAUUUUUCAUGAACAAAGCUUUUCUGUUGUCUUUUUUUUUUUUAUAUCUAACUGAUUUAAAAAAUUGUGUUCUUUGUUUUUAGUUGAUAAUAACAUGUCAUUUUCAUCGAACUAACAGAAAUAUUCUUGAAACAGGGUAAAAAUGAAAGCAAUAUCAUAUAUUCAAGACUUUUUUCCUUUUGUUUUAUCGAUUUUCUUUUUUUUAAUUAUUUCUUAUUUAAAUUUUUGGUUAAGGUAGAAUUAACAAUAUAUCUGUGCAAUAUUUAGGACUUUUUUUAUAAAUAUAAUUAUCUGAUGAUGUCUAUAAUAAUUUACUAAUUGUCUAAUUACCAAGCAAUAUUUAAUUGAUAUCUUACUAUAAAAAUAGAUUCUAAUGUCAAUGCUAACAUAAUUUGAAGUAACACAUAUUGGAUGUUUUGAAAGUAUUUUGAAAUUUGGACUUUAAUUGGCUCCAUCAAGUAGAGAUUAACAUUUUUCCAAUGAAAGAUCACCACUUUUGUAUAAAAUUAGAAAUGAUUUAUUUCUAAAAUAUUUUAAAACCAUAAAAAAGAAUAAUGCAGUGGUAAUAAAAGUUAAUUUUUUUGGAAUCUUUUCAUUUUUAUAAAUAUUGAGAUCAGCUUCACACCAUUUUUAGCUUUUAUCAAAAUAAUCUAACUUAGUAACUUAGGUUUUUGUAAUAAAGACAAUUGACUAUACAACUUAAUAAUAGUUUUUAUGAUAAGACAAGUGACUAUACAAAUUAGAAGCGUACAGUUUUAUGGGUAAAAUAGUUAGAAGCCUGUGAUAAUUUGUUUAUAAUUAUUCAAUAAGUGAAUUAAGAUAAAAUUUAUGUAAAUCAGAUGAUUUGUGAAUUAAUGAAUUAACCAAUCAAAACAUUAAAUAAAUAAAUUCCUCGACCUCUUUUAUAUAUAGUCUAAAAUAUCAUGUAAAUAGGAAAUCUAUUUAUAGUAACAAUUGAAUUUGGAUGUGUACAGACAGUAUAUUUAUACACUUGUUAACAAUUCAAGUUUGAACUUUUCACAAAAGAUUCUAACAAUUUCAAAACAAAUAGAUAAAUACAAAAGGUUGAUUUAUAUAAGUCUACACUAUUAUACCCCCAAAAUAUGCAUUUUACAAUGAACAAAAGGGAUUUUGGAUGCAACAUAGGUGUAGGAAAACUUGUAAUUUCAACUCAACACUUGGGUCCUGAAUUCAUAUUUAAACACAUUAUAUAUGUUUCGUUCCCUUUUCUUUUCUAGGGCAUUAUAUUUAUGCAGCUUAUUGUCUGUACACAACCAAAAUUUUAUCAGUAGUUCUGUAUAGUUAGUUGUUGAUUCUCUGGUCAGAGACUAAAUUAUUUAGCUGUGUGAUUGUAAAUUGUAGAUGUGUGAUGGUUACAUGGUAAUUUUAUUGUAAAACAUCCACUGCAGGUCACCAUGGUUACAUGGUGUUUUUUUUAUCGUGGAAAUUUCCAAACCACGUUCCCUGGCAAUGCUACUUAAAUUUUUUUACAUAUAAUCUUUUUGUAAUUAAUUCGGCCAAAAGAUACUUAUUAGAGGUUCGAUACCUAUGUUUUCAAAUAUUUACUUCCAUAUAUUCAGAUUUCUGUAUAUGUUUUUGUAUUUUGAUAUUUUGUUCAUUUUACAAAGCACUAGAUGUGCAUGGUUCAGGUCGUUGUAUUUUUAGUUCAGAGUUGUAGAAAUGAAAAAUCAAUUUUCAUUAGAAUGAUGUAAAUCUCAUAAUUCAACUAAAAUUAAACCUACUUUUGGCCAUUUUUUGAAUAUAUUUAAAUUUUGUAAUAGAUUUUUCCUUGCCAGUGGCAUUCAGAAAGAUUGUGCAAUGUUACCUUUGCUCAAGACAAUUUUAAUUUUAUGCAUUUGACCUUCUGACCUUCAACAAAGGUUAAGAGUGCCAUAUAGUAUGCAAACACAAAUAGAACUUUUGACACACACAUCUUUUACUUUUGACCAAUUUUAACUUGAAGAAGUCAUCCUGAUAAACUUUGAAAUGUAAAGAUUUCUUUUAACCACAUGAUCCUUUAUUAUUAGUUUUGAUUGGUUGUUGAAGGUCAAAUGGUCUUUUGCUAUUACUAUGACAAUGACAGAGUUCGUGACUGUUUAUAUCUGAAAUAAAUCAGCAGAUGUCUCCA